AUGUUGAAAAGCAAACGGAUCUUUUAACGACACGCUCUAGCUACUUGACCAUUGUGUAAAUUAAAGCUGCGAAGAAGAAAAGGCGGAUGUGACGUCAUAUGCAACCCUCCUAAUCACGGGAAACCUGACUUUAAUGUUGAAAAGCAACCAGAAGUGGAUGAAUCCAUCGUCUGCACGUAGCAGCGCUACCAAUGGAGAACCCCCAGAAGACCUUUUGGAGGACACCCCGAGUCUGCAGUGACUACUUGAAUGAAUAUAAACACUGUAAAAGCUUGCCGAAUCGUUUUCACCAAUACUACACUUACGGUACCUUCCCGUCCUGCAUGCAGUGGAAAGAGGACUACAACAACUGCACUGUGUGGGAGAAAAACCAAGGCAGUGAAGCCAAGGAAGCACUGCAGAGGAGUGAAAGGGACAGAGUGGCAGAGCAAAGGAAGUUCACCCCGGUGUGGGAGUUGAGGCAAAAGCCGCCAAGCGAUUGGCACUUGCCCCUCAACCAGGAAAGACCUCAGGAUUCUUGACCUCUCAACGACAAACCUGAAAACUGUAAAUUACACAUCGUAUUGUAUUUCACGACAAAUGAGUGUUAUCGUUUUCAAGUGGUAAACACUACGGUAUUUGUGUUUGGGUGUUGUGUAAUGUAUGUGAAAAAAGCUCAUUAAAUAAUAUUUACAUUGA